CGGUGGCGGGAGAGCGUCUGAGGGAACUGAGGCAGGGGUCGCGGCCAUGGCGGUGCAGGACCCUCGCCCCAACCACACCAUCUACAUCAACAACCUCAACGAGAAAAUCAAGAAGGACGAGCUGAAGAAGUCCCUGUACGCCAUUUUCUCACAGUUUGGGCAGAUUUUGGACAUUCUGGUGUCGCGCAGCCUCCGCAUGCGGGGCCAGGCCUUCGUCAUCUUCAAGGAGAUGAGCAGCGCCACCAACGCCCUGCGGUCCAUGCAGGGCUUCCCCUUCUAUGACAAACCCAUGCGGAUCCAGUAUGCCAAGUCGGACUCGGACAUCAUCGCCAAGAUGAAGGGAACGUUUGUGGAGCGGGAGCGGGACCGGGACCGGGACCGGGAGCGCAAGCGGGACAAGCGCAAACCCAAGGGCAGCGACGCCCCCGGCCCCAAAAAGAGCGGGGCCGGGAGCCAGGCGGGCCAGGGGGCCGUGCCCGGCCUGGCCCCGUUGGCGCAGGCGCCGCGGCUGCUGCCGCACCUGGGGGCGACCCCGCCCUACAUCCCCCCCCCAGGAAUGAUCCCCCCGCCCGGAAUGGCCCCGAGCGCCGGAAUCCCGCCAGGAAUGGCCCCGCAGGCCGGGCUGGCCCCAAUGGCCGCCCCACAGCCCCUUUCGGAGAACCCCCCGAACCACAUCUUGUUCCUGACCAACCUCCCCGAGGAGACCAACGAGCUGAUGCUCUCCAUGCUCUUCAACCAGUUCCCAGGGUUCAAGGAGGUUCGCCUGGUUCCGGGCCGCCACGACAUCGCCUUUGUCGAGUUCGACACCGAGGUGCAGGCGGGAGCCGCCCGUGAGGCUCUGCAGGGCUUCAAGAUCACCCAGAGCAACGCCAUGAAGAUCUCCUUUGCCAAAAAGUGAUCUCCAGCCACCGAAAUCCCAGGAAAACACCCCCAAUUCCUGACAAAAGGGGCACGGAAUACCCCAAAACCCCCCAAAAAUGCCACGAAACCUCCUUAAAUACCCUGAAACUGCCCAAAAAUGCCCCGAAUGCCUUCAAGCCACCCCAAAAUACCUUCAAAGUGCCCUAAAAUCCCUCCAAACCACCCCAAAAUCGUUUCAAAACACCCUAAAGUCCAUCCAAACCACCCCAAAAUCCCCUAGAGACGCCCUAGAAUCUUUUCCAAACAACCCGAAAAUCCCUCAAAACCACCCCUAAGUAGCCUACAUCUGCCCCAAAACAUUUCAAACCCCUCCAACCACCCCAAAAAUGCCUUCAAAAUGCCCUAAAAUCCCUCCAAACCACCCCCAAAUCCCUCAAAACUGCCUCUAAAUAUCCUAAAACUGCCCCAAAGCCCCCAAAUCUUAGAGAAUUGCCCCCGAUCCCACAAAAAUCCAACAAAUACCAGGUAAGUCCAGCCCAAAUCCUCUUUUUUUAUCCCAAAUGCUCUUUUUUAUAAUCCCAAAUCCUUUUUUCUUUCCGCAAAACCUCUUUUUCUCAACCACAAAACCUCUUUCCACCCCGAAUCUCCUUUUUUGACCCCAAAUCCUUCUUUUCCCACCUCAAAUUCUCCGUUUUCCACCUCAAUUCCCCUUUUCUCACCCAAAAACCUCUUUCCCCACCUCUAAUCUUUUUCUACCCCAAAAUUCCUUUUUCCAUCCCCAAUCCCCUUUUUCCACCCAAAUCCCAUUUUUUCACCGAAGUCCUGACCCCAAAUGCUCAAUCGCCGCUUUAAGUCCCCCUUUCUUCACCCAAAUCUCCUUUCCCAUCCCAAAUCCUUCUUUCACCCCAAAUCCCAUUUACUCCCCCAAAUCCCAUUUCCCAGCCCAUCCCAA